UAGAAGUAGAAAUAAAUUAUGUUAGUAGUUGAUUUUACAUUAGUAUUAUAUUAGUGAAUAUAUUCUAAAGUAGUUAAAAAAUCGUCAAUAGUUAUUCAAUAUUUAACACUGAACAAUAAGAAUAAAAAUGAUGAAUUGGCAAUUGAUAUCUCCAUUGUUGAUAAUAUCCUGUGUAAUAUUUAACGAAGCGAUUCAAUAUUCAGAUGACGAUGUAAAAUGCCAAUUUGAAAAAGAUACGACUAAAAAACCUGCCGAAAAUGAUAUUUUGGAAUUAUUAAUAAAUGCUCGUGAAAAUGGAUUGGAGUGGAACGAAGAAACAACAAAGGCUGCUGCUACUAACGGAUAUUUAGAAAUCUUAAAAUAUUUACAUAUAAGUGGAUGUCCGUGGGAUGAAAGCACGACAGAAGCAGCUGCACAGUAUGGUAAUUUGGAAUGUUUAAAAUAUGCUCAUGAAAAUGGAUGCCCGUGGGAUAAAUUAAAAAUUGUGAAAUGUGCUAUUAAAAAUGAUGAUAUAGAUAUUUUAAAAUAUGCUCACAAAUAUAUACCCAAAUUAAAUAUAGUUCUAACUACUAUGGCUGCCUUUUUAGGUAAUAUAAAAAUUUUAAAAUACGCACAUGAAAAUAGAUUUUUGUGGGAUAAAAAUACAACAGAAGCCGCUGCUUGUACCGGUAAUUUAGAUUGUUUAAAAUAUUCUCAUGAAAAUAAAUGUCCAUGGGAUAAAAAAACAACAGAAGGGGCUGCUUCUUAUGGUAAAUUAGAAUGUUUAAAAUAUGCCUAUGAAAAUGGAUGUCCGUGGGAUGAAACCAUAACAGAAGUGGCUGCUUCUUAUGGUCAAUUAGAAUGUUUAAAAUAUGCUCAUGAAAAUGGAUGUCCGUGGAAUGAAAGAACAACAGAAAGAGCUGCUGAUAAUGGACAUUUAGAAUGCUUAAAAUAUGCUCAUGAAAAUGGAUGUUCGUGGAAUGAAAAAACAACAGAAAGAGCUGCUGAUAAUGGACAUUUAGAAUGCUUAAAAUAUGCUCAUGAAAAUGGCUGUGAAUGGAAUCAAUUCAAUAUUUUGAUGAGUGCUAUUCAAAUAGGUAAUCUAGAAAUGUUUAAAUAUGCUCAUGAAAAUAUAUGCGAAUUGAAUAAAGUCAUUAUUACUAUGGCCGCCUUAAAAGGUGAUGUAGAAAUUUUAAAAUAUUUACAUAAAAAUAAAUAUCCCAUGGAUGAAAGUAUAACAGAAGGAGCUGCUUCUAGUGGUAAAUUAGAAUGUUUAAAAUAUGCUCAUGAUAAUGGAUGUCCAUGGAAUGAAAGGACAACAGAAGCAGCUGCUUCUCAUGGACAUUUAGAAUGUUUAAAAUAUGCUCACAAAAAUGAAUGUCCAUGGGAUAAAAGCACGACUCAUGCAGCUGCAAAAUAUGGUAAUUUAGAAUGCUUAAAAUAUGCUCAUGAAAAUGGCUGUGAAUGGAAUCAAUUCUAUAUUGUGUUACGUGCUAUUAAAAAAGGUAAUAUGGAAAUGUUAAAAUAUGCUCAUAAAAAUUUAUGCGUAUUGAAUAAAGAUGCAACUAUAAUGUCUGUUAUAAAAGGUAAUCUAGAAAUUUUAAAAUAUUUACAUAUAAAUGAAUGUCCGUGGGAUGAAAGCACAACAAAAGCAGCUGCUUCUUAUGAUAAAGUAGAAUGUUUAAAAUAUGCUCAUGAAAAUGGUUGUCCGUGGGAUGAAGCCACAACUAAAGUUGCUGCAGCAAAUGGCUCUUUAGACUGCUUGAAAUAUGCUCAUGAAAAACGAUGUCAUUGGGACAAAGAUACGAUAGCUGCUGCAGCUGUACAUGGUAAUUUAGAUUGUUUAAAAUACGCCCGUACUCAUGGAUGUGAUUGGGUUGAAGGUACAAUGAGAUUGGCUGCAGCGAAUGGACAUUUAGACUGCAUUAAAUAUGCCCAUGAAAAUGGUUGUGAAUGGGACGAAGGCACAACAAGGGAAGCUGCUGCUAGUGGUUGUAUAGAAUGUUUGGUAUAUGCACAUAAAAAUGGAUGUAAAUGGGAUAAAGGGACAAUGGGUGGAGCUGCUGCAAAUGGUCACUUAGACUGCCUAAAAUAUAGUCAUUUAAAUGGGGGUGUGUGGGACGAAGGGACAACAAGACUUGCUGCUGCAAAUGGUCAAUUUUAUUGCAUAAAAUUUGCUCAUGAAAAUGAUUGUCCAUGGAGUAUAGAUACUAUUUAUGAAGCCACUCAAAAUGGUUAUAUAAGUAUAAUCAACUAUGCUACCGAAAAUGGCUGUCUGAAUUAAUAUUCUAAUGAAUUAUAAUUAUUUUUAUUUUACUAAUUUAAUUUGGCUAUUAUUACAUUACAUUUACAAUAAACUAAUUUGAAUUUUGAUGUAUAUCUGAGAAGGUAUUUUAGGACAUAUUAAUUUCUUAAGAAAUACUAUUUUUAGAACUAUUAUCAAAAUCUAAUAUUUUCUCAGUUAUAAGAAUAUUUCUUCAAGAAUAACGUCGUUGACCUUUGAUUAAAAAAAAAAAAUUGAAAAUCGGACAUUAAAUAAUUUUUUUAGCAUUGGCUAAUUUUUAAUGUUCUAAUUAUAUAAUAAUAUUGAUUUAAUAUAGAGAACACUGUGUAUUUUUUUGUAUAUUUUUAAGUAAAACAUGAAACUCUCAAUU